UCCCCUCAUUGGCUCCCCCGCCUGCCUCCCCCCGAUCGCCACACUCCCCGACCCCGCCGCGCGGCCACCGCGCCCGCGCCAUAAAUCAAGCUAGCCAGCGCUGCUUCACUUGAACAACGCGGCACCUCACCUCACCGCCACCGCACACCUCCCCUGCCGCGCCGCCGUGACAGAGUAGGAAGGAAGGCGCAGCGGCGGCGGCCGGCACGGCAAGAUGAUCACGGGCACGGACUUCUACCACGUCAUGACGGCGAUGGUGCCGCUGUACGUGGCGAUGAUGCUCGCGUACGGCUCCGUCAAGUGGUGGCGGAUCUUCACGCCGGACCAGUGCUCCGGGAUCAACCGCUUCGUGGCGCUCUUCGCCGUGCCGCUGCUCUCCUUCCACUUCAUCUCCACCAACAACCCCUACACCAUGAACCUCCGCUUCAUCGCCGCCGACACGCUGCAGAAGCUCAUCGUGCUCGCGCUCCUCACCCUCUGGAGCCACCUCUCCCGCAACGGCUCCCUCGAGUGGACCAUCACGCUCUUCUCCCUCUCCACGCUGCCCAACACCCUCGUCAUGGGCAUCCCGCUCCUCAAGGGCAUGUACGGCGACGAGUCCGGCAGCCUCAUGGUGCAGAUCGUGGUGCUGCAGUGCAUCAUCUGGUACACGCUCAUGCUCUUCAUGUUCGAGUACCGCGGCGCCAGGAUCCUCAUCACCGAGCAGUUCCCCGACACCGCCGGCGCCAUCGCCUCCAUCGCCGUCGACCCGGACGUCAUGUCGCUCGACGGCAGGAGGGACAUGAUCGAGACGGAGGCGGAGGUGAAGGAGGACGGCAAGAUUCACGUCACUGUGCGCCGCUCCAACGCCUCCCGCUCCGACAUCUACUCGCGCCGCUCCAUGGGGUUCUCCAGCACCACGCCGCGCCCCAGCAACCUCACCAACGCCGAGAUCUACUCGCUGCAGUCGUCGCGGAACCCCACGCCCCGGGGCUCCAGCUUCAACCACACCGACUUCUACUCCAUGGUGGGCCGCAGCUCCAACUUCGCCGCCGGGGACGCGUUCGGCCCGGUGGUGCGCACCGGGGCCACGCCGCGCCCGUCCAACUACGAGGAGGACAAGGCCGGCGGCAACAACAACAGCAAGUACGGGCAGUACCCGGCGCCCAACCCCGCGAUGGCAGCGCCGCAGAAGCCGUCCAAGAAGGCGGCCAACGGGCAGGCCAAGGGCGAGGACGGCAAGGACCUGCACAUGUUCGUGUGGAGCUCCAGCGCGUCGCCCGUGUCCGACGUGUUCGGCAACGGCACCGAGGCGUACAACGACGCCGCCGCCAAGGACGUCCGGGUGGCCGCCGCCUCGCCGCGCAAAGCGGACGGCGUGGAGCGUGACGAGUUCAGCUUCGGGAACAAGGAGAGGGACGCGGAGGCCGGCGACGAGAAGGCCGCGGCGGAGCAGGGCACCGCGGGCCUGGUGGCGGCGCCCACGGUGAUGCCGCCGACCAGCGUGAUGACCCGCCUCAUCCUCAUCAUGGUGUGGCGCAAGCUCAUCCGCAACCCCAACACCUACUCCAGCCUCAUCGGCCUCAUCUGGUCCCUCGUCUGCUUCCGGUGGAACUUCGUUAUGCCGGCGAUCAUCAUGAAGUCCAUCGCCAUCCUGUCCGACGCCGGCCUCGGCAUGGCCAUGUUCAGCCUCGGGCUGUUCAUGGCGCUGCAGCCGCGGAUCAUCGCGUGCGGGAACAAGCGGGCGACGUUCGCCAUGGCCGUGCGGUUCCUGACGGGCCCGGCCGUCAUGGCCGCCGCCUCCAUCGCCGUCGGCCUCCGCGGCACCCUCCUCCACAUCGCCAUCGUGCAGGCAGCGCUGCCCCAGGGCAUUGUCCCCUUCGUCUUCGCCAAGGAGUACAGCGUGCACCCCGACAUCCUCAGCACGGCUGUCAUCUUCGGCAUGCUCAUCGCGCUGCCCAUCACGCUGGUCUACUACAUCCUGCUGGGGCUGUGAGCUAACGGAGACACGGCCGGGCUGCGUGCAGCCAUGCCGGCGUGGCGUAGGAGACAGACGGACAGAGGAGGGGACAAGGGAGCUGCAGCGGCUCCAUGCGCCUGCCGGGGACAUGAUGCGUGCUCCUGCAUGCGGGAGGCUAAUUACUACUAGGAUUCUUAAUUAGGUGUAGGGAUCAGAUGGGGUGAGGGGAGGAAUGUUUAGGGCAAGAGUUUCAGUUGUUGGUAAAUUAUAAAGGACUGCCAAGAUCAAGGGUUGGGGAGGCAAAGGAUCAAUCCGGUUUGGGGUUUUAGAAGAUGUAUGUACUCCAUGGGUGUGUUGGCAGAGGUUUCUUUCCCUGGAGGGAGGAUGGCUGGGCUGGGUUGGCCUUGUAAAAUGGAUGUCAAUUUGAUGAAAUUAAUGCUAGAGCUCUUGUUCACCUUA